UCUGUCUCUAGACUCUCACCCAACCCGCACCCUUCCGGGCGCAGGACGACCUGACUCGCUCACCCCUCCACACAUACCCCUCCGUUGACCAGGCGAGGGGCGCUCGAAGAGGGGAAGGUCAAGUCCUCCGCCCCAUCCCGGCGCGCGCGCGGAGCGAAGGGCAGCGCAGAGACUGAGCGGCUGCCGCGGCGGCGCAGGAGUUACAAAGUCGCAGCUGGAGCCCCCGCCCGCGACCGGCAGUCCCCGCGCAGCUCCCGCAGCGGCGGCGCCCCCAGCGUGGCGCCCCCGGGUCGGGUCUCCCGCCCGGGACUUGGGCUGGGGAGCGACAGAAGCCGGGAGCCCGGCGUCCCUAUGCGGCGCCCCGCCAACGCCGCCGCCGCCGCCGCCGCGCCACAGCUAUGACCCUGAGCGCGGAGAUGUCCGAUGCCUCCGGCCUCGCGGAGGAGACAGACAUCGACGUGGUGGGGGAGGGCGAAGAAGACGACGACGAGGAGGAAGAGGACGACGACGACGAGGGCGGCGGCAGCGGGCCCCGGCUGGCCAUCCCGGAGCAGCAGCGGCGACGCCGGAGGCGCUCGUACGCCGGGGAGGACGAGCUGGAGGAUCUGGAGGAGGAGGAGGACGACGAUGACAUCCUGCUGGCCCCGAGGGCAGGGGGCUCCCGGGAGCCCCCAGACCCGGCCCCAACGGCGGGGGCCGGGGGCGGCAGCGCGGGCGCGGGCAGCGGCGGCAGCGGCAGCGCGGGCGGCGGGGCCAAGAACCCGCUGGUGAAGCCGCCCUACUCUUACAUCGCGCUCAUCACCAUGGCCAUCCUGCAGAGCCCGAAGAAGCGGCUGACGCUGAGCGAGAUCUGCGAGUUCAUCAGCGGCCGCUUCCCCUACUACCGGGAGAAGUUCCCCGCCUGGCAGAACAGCAUCCGCCACAACCUCUCCCUCAACGACUGCUUCGUCAAGAUCCCCCGCGAGCCGGGCAACCCGGGCAAGGGCAACUACUGGACGCUCGACCCCGAGUCCGCCGACAUGUUCGACAACGGCAGCUUCCUGCGGCGGAGGAAGCGUUUCAAGCGGCAGCCGCUGCUCCCGCCCAACGCCGCGGCCGCAGAGUCGCUACUGCUGCGCGGCGCCGGGGGCGCGGGCGACUCGGCUAGCGCCGCCGCGCUUUUCCCGCCCGCGCCGCCGCAGCCUCCGCAUGCCUACGGCUACGGCCCUUACGGCUGCGGCUACGGCCUGCAGCUGCCGCCCUACGCGCCGCCCUCGGCCCUCUUCGCCGCUGCCGCCGCCGCCGCCGCCGCCGCCGCCUUCCAUCCGCAUUCGCCGCCGCCGCCGCCGCCACCCCCGCCGCCCCCGCCGCCUCACGGCGCGGCUGCGGAGCUGGCCCGGACCGCCUUCGGCUACCGGCCUCACCCUCUCGGCGCCGCUCUGCCCGGCCCGCUGCAGGCCUCGGCGACCAAGGCGGGCGGCCCGGGUGCCUCGGCGCUGGCGCGCUCGCCCUUCUCCAUCGAAAGCAUCAUCGGGGGCAGCCUGGGCCCGGCCGCCGCCGCCGCUGCCGCUGCGCAGGCGGCCGCCGCCGCCUCGGCCUCUCCUCCCCCGGUGGCUGCGCCGCCCGCGCCCGCGCCGGGAUCCGGCGGCGUUGGCUGCGCGGCCCAGGCAGCCGUGGGUCCGGCCGCCGCGCUCACCCGCUCCCUCGUGGCCGCCGCGGCCGCCGCCGCCUCCUCAGUCUCCUCGUCGGCCGCCCUGGGGACUCUGCACCAAGGGACUGCCCUGUCCAGUGUGGAAAACUUUACUGCUAGGAUUUCAAAUUGUUAAUAACGCUAUGUUAGCGCGCUUGAGAAAGAGAAGGUAGGAACGCCGGCUCCUUUUGUCAUCUUGGUGGUUGGGUGUUUUGUUCGCUCCUCCCGGCGCGACCCCUCCCGAUCUUGCGCCCCCAUUUUCGUCGCUUCGGAUUCUUAGACGAGACUGUUUGGCUACGGCUGGGGCGCGCUUUUCGGCUCUGCGGGUCCCUUUAUUUAUGCAAAGUUGCUCUAUGUUGCAGACCCCCGACCCGGCGUGGGGAGGAGGAGGGUGCUUGUGGGGGUUGCUUCCUUGACUUUUGGGGAAAAUUUUUUUAAAACUAAGCCUUUUUGAGGUAUAGAUUCUCAGGUCCAGGCGUUAAAAAAUCAAUAAUGUUCAAAAGAAGGAUAAUACAAAAAUAAUAAAGGUCCCGAAGAAUGUCAUCGAGGCAAUACUUUUUUAUUUGAGGACACGUAUCUGGUGUACUUUUUUAUGAAAAGGAAAAAAAUGAUUAACAUGUUUACAAAAGGAAAAAGUCAAAAUUAUCAUUUCUUAUUUUAACCUGUGUUUUGUAUCAUAAUAGAUAUGCGGAAUUUUUAUUUUGUACUUACUUCAUAUUCUUUACAAGGAGUAUUGUAAAAUUU